UUGGAAAUCUCAAAUGGCCAAAAUACUACAAUCUCCACCAAAGUUUCUACUCUCAGAGUGGAUUAUUGCUAACAAGGACCAGUAUCACAGAGCAAAUGCCCAAAGGUGCCAGUCUGAACGAGUGGUGUCAGAAAGUCAAAGGCUUGUGGAUGAAAUAGAAAAAUCUACCAAAAAAUCUCAAAGUGAUGUGAACAAGAAACUAGAACAGAGACUUGAAGAACUCAGAUUCUGGAAGAAGGAAUUAGAGGACAAACUUGAACAGCUUUCAUAUGAAACUGAGGAUCUACUGUCAUAUCAGAUCAGACUGAAGAAAGCCCUGGAGAGUUUAAAAGAGCCCAUGCAUAUCACUCAGAUGUGUAUGGAAUACAGGGAGCAGCGAAUUGGUAUUGACUUGGUGCAUGAUGAAGUAGAACAGGAACUGUUAAAGGAAGAUGAGAUCAUUAAGGGGGUGAUGGCCCUGCUGACCCGCACGCUGGAGGAGACAUCGGAACAGAUUAGACUGAACCGUGCUGCCAAGUACAAUCUUGAAAGGGAUGCAAAAGAUAAGUACAUGGCCCUGACCAUCGACGAUAUCUGCUUCUCUCUCAACAACAACUCUCCAAAUAUCAGAUAUUCUGAAAAUGAUUUAAGAAUUGAACCAAAUUCUGUGAGUCUGGAAGAGUGGAUGGACUUCUCUAAUGCCAAUGUGGAGAAAGCUGACAAGCAAAGGGCCAACUCCCUGACACUCAAGUCCCUGGUGGACCGAAUCCUGUCCCAGACGGCUGGUGACCUGCGCCACCAGUGUGAUGUGGUAGAUACUGCAUUCAAGAAUGGGCUGAAGGUGGUUAAAGAUGCUAGAGACAAGCUGGCUGAUCAUCUGGCCAAGGUCAUGGAAGAGAUUGCGUCCCAGGAAAAAAACAUUGCAACUCUUGAAAAAGCCAUCAUUGACCAAGAAGGGCCUGCCAAAGUGGCUCAUACACGCCUGGAGAAAAGGACACAGCGACCAAAUGUGGAGCUGUGCCGUGAUGUUGCUCAGUACAGGCUGAUAAAGGAGAUUAAUGAUAUCACCACCAAUGUUGCAAGAUUGAAGGAAACAUUAUCUAAAGCUCAGAUGGAACUGAAAGGACUGAACCGCAGACAGCUGGCCCUGCAGGAGGAGAUCCAAGUCAAAGAGAACACCAUCUACAUCGACGAGGUGCUGUGCAUGCACAUGAGGAAGUCCAUCCCGCUGCGCGACGGGGAUGAACAUGGGCUGUGGUCUGGUGGCAUACACCCUGAUGCUAUCUGCUAAUCCCAGAGAGCUUCCAGAUUCUCAUUAAACCAGCUUAUUCACCA